AAAGGCGAAACACCAAGGGCAUGCCAAGUCCAAUUUACCUGACUACAGACAUCCAAAACAUUAAAUGGGAAGAGACGUAGCAAACGCUAGGUUAGCUGGAAGUGGCUUUGCCCACUAUACUUUGCAUACUCACUUUCUACGACAUCUUGCCUACACACUAUCGUUCUUGGGGAACUUGAAUGCAGCAAAAGUAUCCGGAUGUGACGCAAAUACGCAAGUGACGUAAGUGACAUCAUUCAAGAUGGCAGCGCUGGCGUCCUUGAUGCUCAAGUCCAGAGGAGGUUUGUUGGUGCCUGGUCAGACCUCUCUUCUAGACUCUGUGAGGUUUGCAUCUAAGAAGGCAGGUGGUAGCAGUAAGAACGUCGGAGGAAAGAGCCCUGGCCGCAGAUAUGGCUUCAAGAAACAGGAUGGUAACUUUGUCCAUGCGGGUAACAUCCUUGCAACACAGAGGCUCAUGAGGUAUCACCCAGGAGCACAUGUGGGGAUGGGAACCAACAAGACGCUGUUCGCUCUGGAGGACGGCUACGUCCGGUUCACCAAGGAGGUCUAUAUCCCGCCGCCACGCAGCCCCGAGGCCACCCAGGUCAUCACCAAGCUGCCAAAAGGAGCUGUGCUCUACAAGACCUUCAUCAGCGUCCUGCCAGUCAAACAGGAGGGCAAGUUUAAACUGGUGGACAUGGUCUAAAACUGACUGGACUGGACUGGGAGGUCAUUACCAGGUAUUCUUGCGGUGGCCAGGAUCGAGGAGGAUUUGUUUUGCCCGACACUUUGGCCGAUUUUCCGGAGAUCUAAGUGAACAGCAGAGAGGAGUCCGUGGAAACCUGCAGACUCUGGCCUCUCCUUGGCUUCCUGUCACAUAAUUAUGUGGCACUCUCUGUUGGACUUAUGAAACAGAAGUUCUCAACGCUGUCACAUGAAUUUGCAAUUUAUUUACACAAAACAUAAUGGAAUAAAUAUGUAUAAGGAAAAACAUUUCCAGUGAGGGUUCGACAGAUUUAGUGUUAUCGGGCUCAGCAGGGAGCCUACUUCAUAUAUCAGCCGUCAACAAUGUGGUGACUAUAUUUAAUAAUAAUAUCAUCCCAAUAUAGUCCAUGAUAUUGGUGCCUAACCAUGGUCUGGUGUCAUUCAUUACAGUUGUUGUUCACUGAGAUGCUUCAUGUUCACCCGAGACUUACCGCCGUAAUACUGAAUAUGUACUGUAUUUACUGUAUUAAAGUUUUAUAUGUGAAAGUC